GUAAUAUUAUGCGCCAAAGCAUGGGAAAAUUGUAAACAAAUUCAAAAUUACAUUUUAAGUUAAAUCCAUCCAGUUUGUUUGCAAACAUGGUUGAUAUACAGUUAAGUGAUGCUGAGAAAACAUAUAUAAUUCAUGGUGCUCAGGACAACUUGCGAUUGGACGGUAGAGGUUGCGAGGACUACAGGCACCUUGAAAUUGAGACAAGUGUUGUAUCAAAUACAAGUGGUUCAGCUAAAAUAAGACUGGCAAACACAGAGAUUCUUGUAGGAGUAAAGGUAGAACUAGGAGAACCUUUACCGGAAAACCCAGAUAAGGGUAGACUUGAAUUCUUUGUCGAUUGUUCUGCAAAUGCAACACCCGAGUUUGAGGGUCGGGGCGGGGAAGAGCUAGCAACAGAGAUAAGCAGUAUGUUAUCUAGAGCAUAUGACUGUCCUAGUUGUCUUGAUCUGAAACAGUUGUGCGUGGUGGAAGGAAAACAAUGUUGGGUUGUCUACAUUGAUGUUCUGUUACUGGAGUGUGGUGGAAAUUUAUUUGAUGCAGCUUCGAUAGCAGUGAAAGCAGCUUUAUUCAAUACUUGUAUACCAACACUUACAGUUACGCAGGAUGAAGGCCAUAUAGAACUAGAGCUAUCAGAUGAUCCAUACGAUGUACAAAGACUUGAUGUUAUGCAUGCUCCAUGUAUAGUUACUCUAAGCAAAAUUGGACAUUCCCAUGUGGUAGAUGCCAGUCAAAAAGAAGAGGCAUGCUGUUUAGCCAGGCUGAUGUUGGGCGUUACAAAUAAAGGAACAGUUACAGCAAUGAAGAAAGAAGGGUCAGGGAGUUUAGAUGUAUCUAGUGUUCAAGAUAUGCUCGAGACAGGGAAGAGAGUGGGACAGGCACUAAACAAAAGCUUGAUGGAAGUUUUACUCAGUGAUGACAAAGUUGGGAAAACAAAGAGCCUGACAGGCUUUCUACGAUAAAAAAAAUAUUUAUGAAAUAUGGAUUUUAUUUAUUUGAGUCUGGACAAUGUUUUUUGGAAGUGUCUACGCAUUGUAACUGGAUGCCUAAAUUCUGCAGUCUUGCUUGGUCCCUUUUUGGCCAUGCUUUUCAUUUUCAAUUAGACAUCAAACUAAGACAGUAACUCAUUCAGAAAAAGAAAUUAUCAGAUACCUCUCACACUCACAGACAACCAAGUUACAAUUCGGUUUCUAAGAUAUUCAUAUACUCCUUGUAUUAAUUGGCUUAUUAUCACAAAGUUGUUUAAUAAACGUAUAGCAGUGCAUAGUCACUCAUUUACAUGAUAGCAAGAAUCUUUUCUUUUACACUGGAUACAAAUGGGAAGGCAGGCUCAUCCUACAAUUUCUUUUUUUGUGUGUAUUAGAUGAACAUGUACUUAUUAUGAAACUUACAAAAAAUAUGUUGUAUCAGAUGUAUUUUCAAUCAAGAUUUGUGAAAGGUGCAAUUUAAUAAAUAAACUAAAUGUAUCAGUUGAAUUGUACCGAACAUUUUAACAAUAUUUUCUGUUUGAUAUUAGUCCAUUGCUGGUUGAGUAUUCAGUUUGCCCUUCAUCCAUAAGUCCAUCAUUCAUGGCUGAUCAACAAUGCAAGCUUGGAUUUUAAUUAAUUCAACAUUGCACAAGCAUUCACUAAAACGAGGUAGUGUCUUACCUCCAAGAUUUAAGUCUCAAGUGGCUGUAGCUUUUAUAUGCAUGGAUCAUGGAUGGAUAUUCAAUAAGCUUGGCAUAAGCAUUCACCAAAAGUUGAUGUUUCAAGAGCAAAACUUAGGACUCCUUGCUCUGAAAUUAAGGUCAAGUUGCAAGGUUUCAAGAUUUUAGUUGUGUUCUUUGUUUACUUCACACCUAUAUAAAUCUAACCUAUUGAUAGCUUUUCUUUAUGUCAUAUGAUGAAACAACAGAAGCUAGCAUCGUACUGUGUGAUUUAAAAUGCAUUCACGAUCUAAUAAGUAUACUUUAAAAGCAAAUAUUUUCUCUGGGUCAAAAUUUUGCGAUUUUGCAAUUUUGACUAUGUUUACGAGGUUUAAUAUUCACGAAAUUGUAAAAAUGGUAUCCUACUUUAAUUAGCAUUAUAUUAAUGGUGAAUCUUUACAUGAGGAUUAGUUUUCGCGAGAUGUAGGGCCUCGCGAAUAUA